UGUUGGAGGUACCGAAAAACAUAUGCUCAAAAACACUGCGAUCAUUAGAAUAAUAAAUGCAGAACAUCUUGCGUACAGCACAAACUAUGCCGUUGCCCUGUGAAGCACAAUUUGGGAGUGUGUGCAAGUGAACAGGGAACACGUGUUCCUUUGUUCACCAGAAAGCUGCUUGUAAGACACUACAAGCGCGCGCGCGCGCCCGCGCACGCAUAUCUGUGCGUAUACUACCCCUGCUGGUCUGCACCAGAGUCUGACAUCAUCCUCAACAUCGGACGCUUCUUUCCACACGCUUCCGUCACAACAUUUAAUAUGAGACACUUCGCGUCGAUAAACACGAUGCUGUUGCUUUUACUUCAAAAGAUGUCCCAGAAUGCAGCACUGCUCCAAAAUCACGUGCGCACCCAGACUUCCUCAACUCCACGCAGCACACGUUGUUUACAUCCAUACGUCGAAAGCGAACAAAGAGGUGGAGUAGCAGGAUGUGACAUGCCAUAGGAUCAGGAACCUGAGACGGAACGGUAGCAGAUGGGGGAGCCAUGCCUAGCCUGCUAGUUUUAGCAGGGAUCAUGGAGAAAAAUGGGGGCUUUGCCGGUGACCUGGCUGGCCCCAGCUUCGGCGGCGAGAGUCUCCUCGUGCCGCCCGACGAAGAGGAGGACGACUCCCGUGCCCUCAGGGUCGCUCUGGGCCAGUUGUCUUUGCUGGGUCUCGGGGAAGGCGAGGGUGGCGGCGGGUCCCCGACAACAGGAGUACAGGACCGAAGUAAUAACAACAACAAGAAACACAGUGGCGGCGGAGACGCGGCUAUACUGCAGGGCAAAAGCAAGUUGUGUUCGCUUUACGAGAGCGCGGCGAGCGAGACCAAAGGACGCGGCUGCAACAUCACUGAGUGUGUGCCAGUGCCCAGCUCUGAACAUGUGGCCGAGAUAGUGGGCAGACAAGGUUGCAAGAUCAAAGCGUUGAGGGCCAAGACCAACACGUACAUCAAAACCCCCGUCCGAGGCGAAGAGCCCGUGUUCUUGAUCACCGGUCGAAAGGAGGACGUCGCGCUCGCCCGUCGUGAAAUCAUCUCAGCUGCGGAGCACUUCUCCAUGCUGCGGGCGUCCCGCAACAAGUUGGGAGUGUCCUUCAGCGGUUCGCCUCCCACACCUUUGCCAGGCCAAACCACUAUUCAGGUGCGAGUGCCGUACCGCGUUGUCGGGCUAGUAGUGGGGCCCAAAGGCUCCACCAUCAAACGCAUCCAGCAACAAACCUGCACCUAUAUCGUUACUCCAAGUCGGGACCGCGACCCUGUCUUUGAAAUCACGGGAUCGCCAAGCAACGCUGAGCGUGCGCGCGAGGAGAUCGAAGCGCACAUCGCCUUCCGAACAGGAGGCCUGCACGACCAGAAUAAUGAGAACGACUGCAUGGGGCCGAGCAGCGGAAGUAGCCCGGCGGGCAGCAGUGGCGGUCUCGAGAGCCGGUUACCGCAGGUGUGGGGGCUGCAGGGCGGCCAGCGCAAGCCACUUACAAGCAGCUGUCGUCAGAACUUCUCAGACGCCAUGGUGGUAGGCGCGGGGGAAGGCGACGUAGGGGGAAACUACAGCAAGUCCAACUUCUCCAGUUCCGGAGAGAAGACCUGCUCUUUCUUCGGAUCUGAGGGAACCCAAAACUGGGGAGACCCCAGCUACCCCAAACAGAUGGCCUUCUAUGCCCAGCAGCGUUCAAAAAGCUUCGGAGGGCUCCCGCUACCGCUGACGAGACCCUCCACGGGCUUAUCCGAGUCCUGCGGAGCGGGAAGCAACAACUCGUCAGUCACCAGCAUCGUGCCUGUAGCCGGAUCGCCCCACGCUCAGGCCCGCCGCGCCCACAGCGAGCCCACCUCGGCUGCAGAGGGGUUCCCGGGCCGUUUGCCGGUCGCGGACUCGCCGCCGGCCAUGCGCGACUGCAUGACCUGCUUUGAGAGCAAGGUGACGGCCGCCCUGGUGCCGUGCGGCCACAACCUCUUUUGCAUGGAGUGCGCUAUCCGAAUCUGUGAGCUCAACCACCCAGAGUGCCCGGUGUGCCACACCCAAGUCACGCAGGCCAUUCGAAUAUUCUCUUAAGGAACCAAGUUAGUUUUUAACAGUGUUUGUUCAAACAGUGUUUGUUCAAAAAUGAUUUACUGUUAUUAUUAUUAUUAUACACAUUUUUUUUAAUUUUCAGAAAAAAAAAUCCCCCCAAAAAAACAAUCAAGCAGAUAUUUUAGAAGGCGCUGCUUGCUUUACUAAAUAGUAUAAAAAUGUUUUUUUUUUUUAGGUUUGUAAUUAUAUCUGUCUAUCUAUCUUCUCUUUCUCACUCUCUCUCUCUGUGUAUAUGGAGAGGGGGAUAGGUAGAUAGAUGGAUAUAUAUUAAAUCCAUAUAUAUUUUAUAAAGUUUUGUUUAUAAGAGAGGCAUAGUACCCUGUAUUUCUUUUUUUUGGUCUGCUGCCCCGUUUGGUUAAUGAACGACGGCAUCAGCAGAGCAGUAAUGUGAAUUUAUAUCGCUCAAUUUUUUUUUUUUUUUUUUUUUUUUUUUUUAACAUACGGUGGAUUCAUACCAGAGAAAGACUAUUGUUGAAGUUCACCCUUCUACACCUGUCUGACUGAAGAAGUCAAAUUUUGUUACAAAAAAAAAAGAAAAAGGGAAACGUUUAUCGCACCUUACUCCAAAAAGGACUAAAAUACGAUUGUCAAUCAUGUCUGGGAAUUUCAAAAAAAAAAAGUUGAUCUAGGUCAGGAGCCUGCAACUUUAAACCUCUUAAGGAGCAUUUUUGCAAUUUUUCCACUAACAAAAAAAAAAAAAGAAAAAUCCCCCCCCCAAGAGCUACAAACACAUUACAAACAUUUUAAUGAUGGCAGUGGUGUAGUAUUUGACGAUGUAGAUAUUGUAGUUAAACUAUAGAUUUAACAACUUAACGUGUUGUGCCACAAGAAAAAAAAACGAUUUGAUUCAUCAGUCAAAUACGCAAACGCAAGAGGUGACGUACGGAUCGGCAGCCACGUGUUGCAGACCCCUGAUCUAGGGUUCAAAUUUAGCCAUUUCACUUUGACUGUGAUUGUGAUUUGAUACAUGUGGUUAAAAAAAAAGGUUAUUAUUAAAAAUUAUAAUAAUUGCAAAGUAAGAUGAAUUAUUGACAGAAAACGUGUAUGGUCAGUGCACUGAAGAAGUAAAAAAACGUGGCCUGUUUCAUCCUGUGGUUUUAAAGAGCCGAUUCAAGCUCCGACAAAAAAAAAAAACCACACCAUUUAAUUAAACAUCACCGAAUCCGCAACAUGAUUUAAUUGUUUGUUAAAUAAUUUGGCACUUCUUGCUCUCGUAGCACUUGGAAAGCACGUACCUUUUUUUUUUUUUUUUUUUUUUUUUUUUUUUAAUGCUUAGCUCAAAGCGGUUGUGUAAGUUGUUUUGUGUCGUAAGACCUUGACAUUCAUCCGGUUGGCUGCGUUUGAAACGUUCGUCUCCCGGAUAGACCUGUUUCAAAGCCACCUGACGAGAGCUUUGCCGUCAAGAUGCUCAUUUGGUUUCAGUUACUGGGUUGUUAGCCGACUAGCGGACGGUCAGAGUUACUGUCCACGCUCUUUUCUGACUCACUCGUGCUCCCGCUACGGAUGAUUAGGAGACUCAACGUUUGAGUCAAAACUUUAAAGCGUUUUCUCAGAACGGCCGACACCAAAUUACAUAUUGUAGACCCGCGUUGGUCAUUCUUGCACUACGGCGCAUGUUUGAGUUGCAAAAAAAAAAAAAAA